GCAGCAGUUGUAAUCGACUCACAAAUCAAACAGCAAAUACUCUCUCAAAAUGUUCAAACUCAUUGCCUUCUUUGCCUGCGUGUCAGCCGCCGCCGCCGCACCCGGACUGCUCACUGCCACACACUCCAUUGUCCAGCCCGCUGUGCUCACCAAGACCGCCUAUGUGGACCACAGCGCCUCCUCGGCCAUCACCCAUCAGAGCAAUGUGAAUCUGGUGCGUAAGGUGCCUGUUGUGCCUGUCGUCCAGACCUACCAUGCCGCACCUGUAGUCCAUGCCGCGCCCGUUGUGCACACUCCCCUUGUCCACGCCGCACCCGUUGUCCACACCUAUGCUGCUGCCCCGGUGGUGCACUCUGUGCCCGUGGUGCACUCGGCUCCACUGCUCAAGACUGUGGUCAGCGCUCCAGUCGCCUACACUGCCAUCCACAAGUAAAUAGUUAAACGUUCCCAAGAACAUACGAAUAGUUCAGCAACAUACGAAACAAUAAACCGCAGAUUUUAGCCUCGAA